GUAGACACUUCGGAGAGAACCGAUCCUCCUCUGAAGUUCCUGGGGGGAGAGCGAAGGGAUCCGGGCGAACCGCGGGAGAGGGGCCAGGACUUACUCAUCAUUCACCCAGAGGGCCGCUGACACCAGGUUUGGAGGACUUCAUCUCAUCGUGCCGCGCGGAAAACCAAGGUCUCCACCGCCCGAGGAACGUCAGAAAAUAAAGAAAAUGGCGGAGCCGGACAAAUUAAACAUCGACUCUAUAAUUCAGCGUCUCUUGGAAGUCAAGGGCUCUCGGCCAGGAAAGAAUGUCCAGCUGUCAGAAACCGAGAUCCGUGGCCUUUGCCUCAAAUCCCGUGAAAUCUUCCUGAGUCAGCCAAUCCUGCUUGAACUAGAGGCUCCCCUCAAAAUCUGUGGUGAUGUCCACGGUCAAUACUAUGAUCUGCUCCGACUCUUUGAAUAUGGAGGCUUCCCCCCAGAAAGCAACUACUUGUUCCUGGGUGACUACGUAGACAGAGGGAAGCAGUCACUGGAGACUAUAUGCCUGCUUCUAGCGUACAAGAUUAAAUAUCCAGAGAACUUUUUCCUGCUGCGCGGCAAUCAUGAAUGCGCCUCUAUUAAUCGAAUCUACGGCUUCUACGAUGAGUGUAAGCGACGGUAUAACAUUAAGCUGUGGAAGACCUUCACAGAUUGCUUCAACUGUUUACCUGUGGCUGCCAUUGUAGAUGAGAAAAUCUUCUGCUGUCAUGGAGGUCUCUCUCCUGACCUCCAGUCGAUGGAGCAGAUCCGAAGAGUAAUGCGACCCACAGACGUGCCUGACCAGGGUCUUCUGUGUGACCUGCUGUGGGCCGACCCAGACAAGGAUGUGCUCGGCUGGGGGGAAAACGACCGCGGCGUCUCCUUCACGUUUGGGGCAGAUGUGGUGGCCAAAUUUUUGCACAAACACGACAUGGACCUAAUAUGCAGGGCACAUCAGGUCGUGGAAGAUGGUUAUGAGUUUUUCGCGAAGAGGCAGCUCGUCACCUUAUUCUCGGCUCCCAACUACUGUGGAGAGUUUGACAACGCUGGUGCCAUGAUGAGUGUGGAUGAGACGCUCAUGUGCUCCUUCCAGAUUCUGAAACCAGCAGAUAAGAAAUUGUAUCCUUAUGGCGGAGGGGGAGGAAUGGGAUCUGGGAGACCAGUCACUCCGCCGCGAAAUUCAGCCAAGGCCGCCAAGGCCAAGAAAUAACACCCACUGGGUUCACCUCCAACAACCUGCCACCCCCCUGUCGGCCCAGUGUUCUUUUUUCCCCCUCUACCUCCCAAACUUGUUUCUCCCUUGUCACCAAACAGCAACAAAAGCAAACAAGUGUCCAGGGUUCAAUCAUAUUUCUUCUCUCUAAAACUAUUUUUAACAGUUUGUUUGGCUGUCUGCGUGUAAUUCCUUGUGUGCAAAUGUGUAUAAAAAGUGCGACUGAUACAGAAGUAAUUUCUAUAUUCUGUAUAUGCGUUAUUAUAAUUUUUUUUUCUUCCUUCACUAGGCUACCCUCUGUUGUUUCCUGUCAUUUUGUAGAGGUUGGUUGGAGCCUAUCUAUGAUGUAAAUUCAAACCUGGGUGCAGGGGGAGAGGAAGGGGCAAGAGAAAGGAGCCUUGGCUGUUUAUGUUAAGGCCCUGCACUGUUUAAUGCUAAACAAAAGCUUUUGUACAUCCUGUUUUUCCGAGGUCUGUGUGUGUCUAUGUGAUGGGGUU